CCGAUGCGUUUCUCAAAACUCCUUAGCAUGGUAUGUUUCUAAACCGAAUGGAUCUAAAACCCCUCGCAUCGUCACAAACCCUAGAGAUUUGAUUCGAACUGCGAGGGUUGGGGAUGGGAUCGAUCGAUCCAUCGCCUCCCUUUUCCCUCGCCAAUUCCCUUGUCCUCGUCCGCAUCAUCCUCCUCCUCAUUCUCCUCCAUGUCCCCUCGUCUCACUCCAUCUACUGCGACGAAGACGAUUGCUACGAUCUCCUCGGGGUUACACAGAGCGCGAAUGCAUCGGAGAUUAAGAAAGCUUACUACAAGCUUUCCCUUAAAUACCAUCCGGAUAAAAAUUCCGAUCCUGAGUCGAGAAAGCUGUUCGUUAAAAUUGCGAAUGCUUAUGAGAUUUUGAGAGAUGAAUCCACAAGGGGGCAAUAUGAUUAUGCAAUUGCACAUCCAGAGGAGGUAUUUUACAAUACUGCCAGAUACUAUCAUGCAUAUUAUGGGCAUAAAACAGAUCCCAGAGCUGUCUUGGUGGGCCUUCUAUUGGUUAUUUCAGCAAUGCAAUAUCUAAACCAGUGGACAAGGUACACACAGGCUAUUAGCAUGGUCAAGAAGACUCCUGCUUACCAAAAUAGAUUGAAGGCAUUGCAGCUCGAACGAACUGGGGGAAUAACAACCAAGAAGAAGGGUCACAAACAAAUGGACAAGAAAAUGGAAGAGGAGCUUGGCAGUGAGCUGGAGUUACAAAUCCAGGGUGCUGACAAACCCUCUGUGUGGAAACUUUACGGUGUUCAAUUUGCGCUCUUACCUUACACUCUAGGAAAGCUAUUACUCUGGAGAAUAUGUUGGCUUUGGAGUUAUCGGAUAAAGAAAUAUCCUUACUCAUGGGAUGAUGCUUGUUACUUGACUCGGACUCGUCUCAAAAUGCCUCCUAACAUAUGGGAUAAUAUGGACGACUCUGUCAGGAAUGAUCUCGUGUCGAGACGGCUGUGGGAGAAAGGCAACAUGGAGAGCUAUAUCGCAGACAUGAGGAAAGAGUCGAAACGCCGGAGAUAGAUAGUUUCUCGCACAGGUGCAGAACAAAAUGAUGAAGUCCGAGCUAAGCAGAUUUCCCUUUUCCACUGGGUCCUACCAUUCACUUUCGCUUCUUCAAUCCGAAUCCAACGCAAGGGAACGGAGCUUCAAAUGGGGCCCUAGUGCUUUUGUCAACACAUGAUGCGUCACAUGUAGCAAACUACAUACUAGAAGCAGAUACCGGUGGACUUAAAUCUCAAUGGGGAUUGAAUCUCAGAUAGUUUCUGCAUCUGUCUCCGAAGAUACAAGGUGUACUUACCACAAGUUCAGGUCUGUUCUGCUACGGCAGCCUGCAUCUUUUCUUUUCCCAUUUCCUCGUCAUAUUUUUAUCAUCGGUGCAGCUUGUGCCUGUUGCAUUCAAAGAUUAGGCCGCCGAUGAAGCUUUGGCAAAGUCGAAUUCACGAGUGCAUUCGCAUUGCAUGUUAAACUACAACAUAUUUAUUCUGGCUAUAGUAUAAUCUCCAUAACUGGAGUUCUCAUCAACAGAUUCUGCAGCUGUGCUGUUGUGUUAAAUCUAUACCUAUUUGUUGAUGAGCAGAGGCUUCUCCUUCCUGAAAUCCAAUUAUAUAUUUAUUUAUUUA